UCAAUGCAUGAUCAUGUUAACAUGAAAAAUUUACAUAUUUUCAAGCUCAUACAGAAAAAGAACGUCACCGAAGACUACUUCCACCACACGCUCAACCUAAAGACACUUGAAAGUUCCUACAAAAAGCCACUUUCUGAAAAUUCAGUGAAGACGAUGAAAGGAGAUAUUGCUCAAGGACUAGGCAUUGCCCAAAAGUCGGAUUCUAACAAUGUAGGAAAUAAAGUCUUACCUAUCACACAUUCAUCUCAGCCUUCAGAAAACGAUGAACUCUGUCAUAAUGUGGACAAGGAAAAGGCGAAAGGAGACAAGACAAAAGCCAUUUCCAGGAUGAAAGAGCUGCUGAAGUGGGCCGCAGCCAACAAAGGAGGGAAAUACAUUGGCAGAAAGCUGCUCGACUACUUCCUCGAUAUACUCUGCGAUUCCUCUACAUUGAAGCACGGCAAAACGAUUUCUCAAGUGGCUAAUUUCUCUAGGUACAUUGUUGCUGGAAGUUUUCGGACCUGGAAAGCAUUCGUUCGGGUUUUAUCUAUUGGUUCAGUGUGGGGAAAUGUUUGUGGAGUGAUGCCUAAACGGCCAUAUCCCACCUUUCCCAGGUCAAAAUCCUCCCAAUUUCUCACAGAACGAAGCUCCAUUGAUCCUAAUAAAACCCUCUGCUUGUCUCCAAUAAUCCGUAACCAAGCUAAAAAAUUUCCAACAAUGGCAAACAAUGAACCCUUGAUCAUCACCGGCAAAGAUGAGAUGCGACGGUGGUCGAGAUCCGCCAGAGCCAAUGGCGGAACCAUCGGCUUAGUCCCCACCAUGGGAUACCUCCACGACGGCCACUUAUCCCUCAUUCACGAAUCCCAAAAACACGCACAUCACACAGUGGUCUCAAUCUACGUGAAUCCCGGCCAGUUCUCCCCCAACGAGGAUCUUUCGACCUACCCGUCCGAUUUUCUCGGCGACAUUCAGAAGCUGAAGGACGUCGGCGGCGUCGACGUCGUUUUCCACCCGAAGAAUCUGUACGAUUACGGGGAGGACGGUGGCAUUGGGGAUGGCACGCGGGGAGACGGCGAAACGGUGUCGUGUGUGGAGAAUAGUGGGGCGGGUCACGAGACGUGGGUCAGGGUCGAGAAAUUGGAGGCUGGUUUGUGCGGGAAAAGCCGGCCCGUUUUCUUUAGGGGUGUGGCGACUGUUGUUGCGAAGCUGUUUAAUAUCGUCGAGCCGGAUGUUGCGGUGUUUGGGAAGAAGGAUUACCAGCAAUGGAGGAUUAUACAGAGGAUGGUCCGAGAUCUGGAUUUUGGCAUAAAAGUGAUUGGUUCUGAUUUGGUACGGGAUGAAGAUGGGCUUGCCAAGAGUUCACGUAAUGUGCGACUAACGGCCUAUGAAAGGGAAAAGGCAUUGUCAAUUAGUAAAUCACUAUCGAGCGCUAAAUUCGCAGCAGAACAAAACCAGGUAGAUUGCAAAGAGCUGAGAGAUUCAGUUGUUCGCGCCAUUCAGGAAGCUGGUGGAAAGGUUGAUUAUGCAGAGAUUGUAGACCAGCAGAGUUUGGAAGUCGUGAAAGAGAUCAAUAGACCGGCUGUGUUUUGUGUGGCUGCCUGGUUUGGAAAUGUUAGGCUCAUCGAUAACAUGGAAAUCAAUGUCUGAUGGAAAUUUGGCUAAGAAAGGGUAAAACGUUGAUUCGAGUUGUGGAGACUUAUGAUAAAGAAGACAGAAAUUUUGAUGGUAUCUUGUACCUUUAUGUACCAAUGUACCUUUGUCACCCUUCAUCUAGGGGGGUGUUUCAUGUUUGGUUGAACUGAUUAUUAGUGGAGUUCAUAAUUUAAUUACCUCAACCAGCUCUUUUGUGGUGUUUUUGGUAAAAAUUCUCAAUCAGCUUGAUCACCUGGAG